UAAAUAAAUAAAAAGUGCAGGGGAUGUUCAAAAAUGAGGGUGGGGGUGGGGUGUUUUUAACAUUCGAGCUGCGUGCUGUAGGACAGUUAGGGAGGGUGCAGGGCAGUGAGUCCUGGUGACCCUCGUGUAGGAGCCAGAGGAGAGGUCAUCUCAGGGGCCAAGGAGGGGAUGGAAGUGUCCAGACUGAGAGCUUGGUUUUCAAGCCGCUCUGAUGGCACCUGAGAUGGCAUUAGACAUGAGGGCACCAGAGAGAAGGGGAAGGGGGCAUUGGGAUUGGGCCGCACAGUCCAGGGGGCGUCCGGCCAGGACAGGGUGAGAUGCCUGGAGGGAGGCACACUGAGGACAGAGGGGCCCUGGGGUCUGGAGCUCAGAGGAGAAGUGGACAGGGUUGGGGACCAAGGCACCAUCAGUACCAGGGGGGUGGAUCCAGUCACCACUGGUUGACCCCAGGCAGUGUGGACAAUGCAGACAGAGCACAGGGAACCAUGGCUGGGAGCCCUUUGGGUGCCGUCAUCAGUGGCAGAGGCUGGUGAGGGCUGGUGGGGACAGUUAGCAGGGAACCCAGCGGAUGCCCACGUGACACCAGAGCAGCCUCUGGACCUCCUGGGGCAGGGACUCCCUCUGCCAAGGCAACUGCUUCUGCUGCUGCUGACAUUUCACUGGGUCCUGGCUUCAAAGUCUCUGUGGGUGGGGAGGAGAGGGGUGGAGAGGCUGGGAGAUGUGGCCAGGAGCCAGAGGGGUGGCCGUCGCAGGAGGAUCAGCACGGCUUCCGCAGGACUCUGCAGAGAGAUGUCCAGCAAGGUGGCCAUUGGCAGUGACAUCGGCCAGGCCCGUCGGGCCGUGGAGCAGCUUCGGAUGGAGGCAGGCAUCGAGCGCGUGAAGGUGUCCAAGGCAGCCACCGACCUGCUACAGUUCUGCACCGAGCAGGCCAAGAGCGACCCUUUCCUUGUGGGCAUCCCAGCCGCUACCAACCCCUUCAAGGAGAAGAAGCCCUGCACCAUCCUGUGACCCCAUGGCAGUGCCACCCAUGGCCCCAUAUCCCAGGGGGCCUCAAUAAACACAGCAAUUGCUCCUUAGGGGCGCAGCUUGACUGAGCUGAGAUGGGAGCACAGGGACGGUGGCCUUGUGGGGGCCCAGCCUCCCUCCCCACCCCAACCAGGGUCAUGCACACCCUGAGGCCACAGUGCCACCAGCCCUUCCCCACUCCUCAAGAGUAGCCUGGGCAGAUGGCCACUGCCACCACCCUUCAGACACAGAUCUGGGGCUCAGUCACAGCCCACAC